AUGUUCCAACUCGUCAAAAAGUUCUUUACACGACAGAGUUCUAAAUCUGGCAAUUACUCUGACAAUGAACCCAAGGGCUCAUUUCAUAGAUUCGGUCAACUGCCUCAGGAAAUCCAGAAUUUGAUCUGGGCUUAUGCUCUCUGCGUUGAUGCUCCACGGGCCUGCUUCGUGGAUGUCAGGAAAUUGGCUAAUAACCCUCGAAUACUCGAAAUAGCACACUCUGUCCCAGAAAGUCUUGGUAAUUUCCCUCGCCCGCCUGCUUCAAACCCCAAAGCCAGCGAUUUGGUCAUUGUUGAGAGAUGGUGUCACGGUAGUGACCGUGUAAGUGGGUUCCACGGCGCCGAAAACUACUGGCCGCAUUGGAGGUACAUGACAUACGACGGUCUAAGAGGCAUCCGAAGGGUAGCUAUACCGGUUGACGAAAACCUUGAUUACGCCGAUGAUUCCCGUUAUCUGGCAUGUGUGAAAGCCGUGUUUCCUGAUACACAAACGCUUUACUUCUACAUGCAGCCAGCUCAGCUAGUUCCACUCAAGAAGCGCCACGAAGGGAUACCCAACUUCCUCACCGCUCAGCCAUGGCCAGGUGAUGAAAUCUUCAGGACUCGCAGCCGCAUAUUCUACGAGAUAGAUCCUUGGGAGAUGAGGCGAGCUGGAAUCGACACGGAUGACUAUGUUGAACCGCGGCAGAGAAAGAGGUGGAGGUGGAAGCGGAAGGGCAUAGCUUGUAUUAAGUUCAUUACUUGGCAAUGGAUCCAGUGA